GAGGACAUUUGUCCUAACCUUUCUGAUCUUCUUGGACCAAACUCUCAAGUCUCAACCGCUUGGACUACCUGCCAUCUUCAUCUCUUUGUCUCAUUCUCUUUCAAAAUCUUCUUUUUUUGUUGUUGAAUAAUUCUUCACCCUUUUUCUGAAAGGGAGUGAUGAUCAUGGUGGAAUGAUCCAGUCACAGUUUGGAAGCUGAAAAAAGAAGACAUGGGUUCUGCUUCAAAAGUUGGAAAUAGCAGCUACGAUUACUCCUUCAAGGUUUUGUUGAUCGGUGAUUCUGGUGUUGGGAAGAGUAGUCUUCUCCUCAGCUUCAUCUCAAACUCGAACUCCAUUCAUCAACUCUCCCCCACAAUUGGUGUGGAUUUCAAGAUCAAGCUUUUUACAAUUGGUGGAAAAAGAUUGAAGCUUACUAUAUGGGACACAGCUGGACAAGAGAGGUUUGGAACUGUUAUAAGCUCAUACUACAGAGGCGCACAUGGAAUCAUCCUCGUCUAUGACGUGACACGACGUGAGACGUUUACAAACCUGGUGGAUAUAUGGGCAAAAGAAGUUGAGCUUUACUCCACUAACCAUGAUUGCAUCAAAAUUCUUGUUGGCAAUAAGGUGGAUAAGGAGAGUGAAAGAGCUGUAACCAAAGAAGAAGGUAUGGCUCUUGCCCAGGAACAUAAAUGCUUGUUCCUAGAGUGUAGUGCCAAAACUAAAGAAAAUGUUCAGCAAUGCUUUAACGAUCUCACUUUAAAGAUAUUAGAGAUGCCAAAUUUACGGGAAAAGGGGUCUGUGGUAGUAAAGAGACAAAAGCAGAAGCGCAUAUAUGAGACACCUCAAAAUGGCAGUUGCUGUUCUCAGUAAAUAUGCAAUUGAUUUUACAACAGGGAUAAUACAUGUACUAGCUGGUUUUUGUAUCAUAUCAAGUGACAAGUGUCACAUUCAGAUAGUUUGGAUGACCAUAUGCUCCAAUAUUUUUUCCAGCCUAUUUUCAUUACUUCCAAGAAGGAGUUGCUUUUGAGAUGGUUGUUUCCCUCUGAAUAUCUUUUGGAGCCACACUAUAACAAAUUUUAUAGUUGUCAAGAUGAUCACAAAGCUUUUCAAUAUAUUGUGCCUUUUCUUCUGUUAUAGUUUUGGAAACACAGCGGUCUUGUACAUCAUAUGUAAAUAUGUCUCCAGUUUGAAAAUAUUAGGGGUGGUUUAAAUUUGGUUAGUUUAGGAUAUGUAGCAACAUUACAUAUACUAUUUUGGGUUUGGUUCUCCCCUCCU